AAUAUGGAGGGUCUUAAACACAAGAGAAGACCUCAUGCAGGCCGUUGUGGUACGGAAUAGAUCAUAGCUAACUAUGUAUAAAUAAUAAUUAAAUAACUCCUAGCAGAAUCAUAUGGGGUGUGGAAUGAAUUGACUUGUUGGGGAACAGGAACAGGUCCAUUAAAAUGGAAGUCUUCAUGAGGAAAACCGAUGAUCCUUGGAAAGUCUAUGAGGAGGAAAUACCCAGCCGCAGUCUCCGUUAUAUGGGCCUGGGGGUCAGCUUGCAAGAUGAACUGAGACUGGAACAUCUGCAGCUGCUGCGGGAACGCUUCAGUCGACCUUUGACCUUCGUCACGGACACAGGAGCACCAGUUAGGAGCUCCAGGCCACAUGACGAGCCAGUGACCUCACAUCCCAGGCCUUCCAGAGGGGCAGCGAAGCUGGGCACUGGCCGGGGAGGGUCUCUGGGGAAUUCCAUGGGGCUUGAGGAGUUCCGUGCCGUGAUGAGGAUCCUACCGGGCUCGGAGGGUUGGGUCAGUGAGAUGGAGGAGCUCUUUGAUGAGGUGGACACGUCCUGCGAGGGUCGAGUCGGUUGGGAGCAGUUCUGCUCCUACAUCCUCCAGUGCGCCCUCCAGAGGUCAACUGAGGAACAGGCCAGAGGGGACACGCUGACCUCCCAGCCCCUCCUACGCCACUGCCAGCACAACAAGCAAGAGCCAGUAAUCCGUGUAGUGUGUGUGAGUCAGCCUCCACCCCUGCGCUUCAUCAGCAUCAGCAAGGGUGGGGUUCUCUCCGUCUGGAACAGACACCUCCACCUCAUGAGGUCAUUGGAGCUCAUCGGGGACAUUGCUGAGGGGGAGCACUUGCGUGGGAAGUUCAAAGGCUGGACCACCGAUGCCAUCUUCUUGCCCAACGUUCACAAAAUGGUGGUCGCUACUUUGGGAAGGGAGCUCCGCUUCUUUGACAUCUCGACGAGAAACUACACCGAGGAGUUCCACUUGUUUGGUUUGAGCAAUGCCGUCACAUCAAUGUGUUACUGGUAUGACACCAAGUCUCCGACAGAUCGGUCAGUGUUGAUGUGGGGAGAUGAGAAGGGCUUUGUCCACCUGCUCUGGUUCCUCAAGCCCCUCAAAGGCCUGUUUGAGAUUCCAUUCAGCAACCAGAAAGGCCCUAACAGGCUCUACCUGCCGGACCUGUGUCCAAACAGUCCUCUGGUCACCUAUCAGCAGCUUUCCAGAGUUCACCAAGAGCCAAUCAACAGGAUCAAGUAUGAAUCCCAAGGGGAACUGAUUAUGACAUCAUCAGAAAGCGCCACCAGUUCAGUGGUCAUCAUGGACCUGAACCUGAGAAGGAAAAGCUACAUUUGGAAAAUCAACAAAGGGGUGACCAGCUUUGACUUCUGUCCCGCCCUGAGUCUGCUGGUGACGUGUGGGCUCGACCCGGCUGUGCGUUUGUGGAACCGCUACGUCAUGUCCCGGCCGGUGGCCACCCUCCACGGCCACAACACCACGGUGCUGGACGUGGCUAUCCACCAGAGGCUGAACCACAUCUUCAGCUACUCUAGAGAUGCGGUGCUGAAGAUCUGGGACAUUCUGUCACAGCGCUGUGUGCGGACGCUGCAGCUGAGGUUCCCCUGUGUGAAGCCCGGCCUGAGCCCCGAGUACGGUCACUUCCCCUUCCUGCUGCACCACACCACCCAGGCCUCCCCCAGCAUGCUGCUGGUGACCUGCAAGGACUACCUGGCAUGCCUGCAUCUACAGGGCAAAAGCACAGACGAGACACGUGCUUCUUUUACCUGUGCUAUCUACAACUCCCACCUGGGACAGGUGGUUACAGCCUGUGCCGACUCCUCAUUGGCUGUGUGGGAUGUUGGGACGGGCUGUAAGACUCUGGAGGUGCGGCACGCCCACGGAGAGGAGGAGAUCACCUGUGUGGCCCUGCACCACACACACAGACACCUGCUCACCGGCGCCUCUAACGGCACCAUCAAGAUGUGGGAUCUUCUGAAUGGACACAACUUACACAAGAUGGAGGCAGUUUCUGAUACAGAGGUGACUGGCAUCAUCUGUUUCCCAGGCAACCGUCUCCUGGCAGUGGGCUGGAGCCAACAGAUUGUCCAGUACACCAUCACGGACCCGAAUGAUGUGUAUGUGAGAGCGGACGUGUCGUGGAAGUCGGGGCGUCAGCACAGGGACGAUGUCCUCGCCGUGGCUCACUGUCCUGCGCGGAGGCUACUGGCCACCGGCAGCUUCGAUGGGGAGGUGAUCAUCUGGACCCUGGACACAGAGAGGCCUCUGGCCAGACUACACUCUGACCAUGGUCAGGCCCCAGUGGACAGACUGCUGUUCCUGCAGGGGAGAGCCCAGAGUGGACAGUGGGGAAGACGGCCCCUGCUGCUCAGCUCCCAGGCUGGAUACAUGUGCUGGUGGAGCGUCACUGGACCACCACACUGCCACGGGCGGUUCUAUGCGCCCCAGAAUGCUGGUGAGUGUGUGUUGGCUCUCAGUUCUGACCAGGACGACCGGCUCCUGCUCACCGGGGACACGGCUGGGUUCCUGCAGGUGUGGGACAUCUCCCAGUUCUGCCUGGACAACACCCACACCGUGCCCACAGAGGAGAGACCCCCACUCCUGCACCGCUGGAGGGCUCAUGAGGGUCCACUGGUGUGUGUGGAGUGUGUGGAGUCACGGCCCCCUGGAGUCCUGCACCUGCUAAGCGUCUUGGCUGACGGCACGGCGCGUCUCUGGACCGUACAGGGAGAUGCCGUGGGGACCUUUGGACAGGAGAGGAGGUGGACACUCGGCAAUGUGUCCACUUAUCAAUGCUCCAGAGAGGACUGGAGUAAACAAGCCAGUGAUCCCAGUGUGGAUGAGGAGGAGGAAGAGGAAGAGGAAGGGGCGGGAAAGGAGUUGGGAGACAGCCAAUCAGUGGAG